AUGUCUCCAAAUUCCUCCAUGACUGAAUCUAGAGAUCAAGUUCGCCCUCUAGCACCUGCAUCCCACCGUAUAUACGUAGAAAACGAACAAGGAAUUGAUUCCACGUCCGUAUGUAGUAUGGAGUUAGCAAAAAAACAACGUCGUAGAAGGUGCAUCAAAUGUUGCAGUUGUUGUGGAAUCACAACAAUAAUCAUAGUUGUAAUCAUCAUAAUUCUUGCAUUCACCGUAUUCAAGGUGAAAACACCUACUAUAAGAAUGAACUCAAUUAAAUUCGAUGGGUUGAGUUAUCUCACUAGUAGUUCUAAUCUACAAACCAAUGUGAACAUAACGGUCUCUGCAGAUAUCUCUAUCAAAAAUCCUAACGCGGUCUCGUUCAAAUUUAACCGUGCAACCACUAGCCUGAUCUACGAUGACAGGGUCAUCGUAGAAGUCUUAACGCCAUCGGCUAAUGCUAGGGCUCGGAGGACGUUCAGGAUGAUUGUGAAUGUCACAGUUAUGGCUGACAAAUUAUCAGGCAUUCCUAGGCUAGCAAGUGAUUUAAAGGCAGGGGAAUUGCCUAUGAGUAUGUCCACAAGUAUUAAUGGAAGAGUCAAGAUAUUGAGUAUUAAGAAGAGUGUUGGUAUACAAAUGAAUUGUAGUAUGGUAGUUGUUUUACAAACGCAAGAUGUUAAGGAUAUGGAUUGCAAAAGGAAAAUUUCUCUCUAG